AUGUCGAACUCAACUCAAAACAAAGAGCCCACAGAGCAGCCUCAACCCAAGCCCCAAGUGCUUGAGGAAGACGACGAAUUCGAAGACUUCCCCAUCGAAGACUGGCCCCAAGAAGAAGCCGAACAGACCACCGGAUCAGCAGCGAACGGCGGAAGCGAGCAUCUCUGGGAAGAGAGCUGGGACGAUGAUGAUGCCGCAGAGGACUUCUCCAAGCAGCUCCAGGACGAAUUGAAGAAGGUCGAAGCCUCCACCUAA